AUGAAUGAUGAAAAAAUGAAUUCUAGCAACGUAGAGGCGGAGUAUACGGAUAUUGCGAACAGGAAUGCAUGGCCAAUUGUCUAUCAGAAAAUUGGGAGAGAAUGUCAAACAUAUCCAUAUACAUGUAUGGAAGCAAAGAAACCACAGAAUAAACAGCUGAAUCGCUACAGAGAUGUCAAUCCCUAUGAUCAUAGCCGGGUUAUUUUGAAGAGAUGUGAGCGUGACUACAUCAAUGCUAAUCUUGUUAAGAUGGAGCGGGCGAAUAGAAAGUACAUACUGACGCAAGGUCCGCUCGGGUCAACCGUUGGCCACUUCUGGUUGAUGGUGUGGGAGCAAAACAGCCGCGCUAUCCUCAUGCUGAACAAGAUCAUAGAGAAGAACGAGAUCAAGUGCCAUUGGUACUGGCCCCACGGCAUCGGUGACCAGCACAAGAUGGUGCUCAGCGACGUGAAGCUCGUUGUGGAACAAGUCAGCGAGGAGGAUUGCAGCUAUUACUCAACCAGAGUGUUCCGGAUCCUGGACACGGAGAGCUCGGAAAGCCGCAAUGUGAUACAGUUCCAUUACACCACCUGGCCGGACUUCGGCGUGCCGAGUUCGCCGUUGGCCUUCCUCGAGUUCCUGAAGAAAGUGCGCGCGUCCGGCACCCUGGCGCCCGACGUGGGGCCCGCUGUGGUGCACUGCAGCGCGGGGAUUGGGCGCUCCGGCACCUUCUGCCUCGUCGACUCGUGCCUCGUGAUCAUAGAGAAGGAGGGCAUCGAGAGCGUGAACAUCCAGCAGAUUCUUCUGGAAAUGCGGAGGGACCGGAUGGGUCUUAUCCAGACUCCGGAUCAACUGCGUUUCUCGUACCAGGCGAUCAUAGAAGGCGCUAAGAGAUUCAAUCCCAAUUGGAAAGGGGAGAGGAAGAUGUCGGAGAGCAUCUACUCGACUGUGGCCGAGGAUUUGGAGGAAGAGGCGCCGCCCCCGCCGCCGCCCAGGGCCGAGAGCCUCACCAGGGCGCCCGCUCGUCCUCUACCCGCAAUCCCCACCAGCGCUUCCCUUGGCAACCUGAACUUCGCUCCCUCGCCGGCCACGUCCAGCUCGGACGAGGGACCGCCCACGCCGCCGGCGCGGGGCACCCCCAGCCCGGCCGCGUCGUCCGCCGACGACGAGGACGAUGACCCCAUCACAGCGCCAGUGGACAGCGAGAACUCGGAGACGCUCCGCCGGCGGCGCACCCGCGAGCUCGCCGACCGCGUGUCCGCGAUGAAGAGGCGCGCCCGCGACGCCGAGAAGUGGCACGCGCUCAAGAGGUCACUAUACAAGCCACUCACCAUCACGUUCGGCUUCCUACUCGCCGGGAUCGUGGUCUACGCGUUAAAAUCGGAGGGAAAACCUCAAACAGAACCAUGCGAAGAC